CAAGCUUAAGUACUUCCCGCUGAAAUUCAGAGUGAGGACUCGAAGGGCAAAAAUAGCCCACAGAGUUGAAGAGCAGAGGCCAUUCUACAGGGAUUAGGAAUGUCCGGGAUAUUGUGAGCAGUUGGAGAAAAGAGAGAAAAAGGAAGGGAGAGCAGGUUUGGUCCACUGUGCAGGAAUAGUCACCCCUGCAAGAGGUACUCGCACGCAUGUCAUGAUCGGUGCCUGGGACAGAGUUUGCAGUUCAAUGGACAAGCCCAGCAAUGUGGAGAAGCCUGGGGAUCGCCCUGGCUCUCUGUCUCCUCCCCUGGGGAGGCACGGAGAGCCAGGGGCAAAGCCCCUUCUGUAAGCCACCUCCGGCCUGGAGCAUCGGGGAGCAGGACCCAAUGCUGAGCUCCUCUGGCUCCGUGGUCCUGGUCGCCCUUCUGCAAGCCAGCUGAUCCUUCUGCCUCAGGCAGGCCUCUAGUUUGGAAGACCUGCGAGUAAAGCUGGAGAAAGAAGGUUUUUCUAACAUCUCCUAUGUUGUUGUUAAUCAUCAAGGACCCCCUUCUCGAUUAAGAUAUAAUCUUCUUAAAAAUGCGGUUUCAGAACAUAUUCCUGUUUAUCAACAAGAAGAAAGCCAAACAGAUGUCUGGACUCUCUUAAAUGGAAACAAAGAUGACUUCCUCAUAUAUGACAGGUGUGGCCGCCUUGUGUAUCACCUUGGCCUGCCUCUCUCCAUCCUAGGGUUCCCGUUCGUGGAGCAGGCCAUUAAGAUUGCUUACUGUGAAGAGAAAUGUGGAAACUGCUCUCUCACGACACUGGAAGAUGAAGACUUCUGUAAGAACAUAUCUUUGCCUACUGUGAACAAAACCACCGAGGCUCCGGAGCCACACCACCACCACCACCACCACCACCAUCACAAGCAUGGGCAUCAGCACAUUCCCAUGGCCCAGCUCUCGGAGGACCAGCAGCCAGCGGCACCAAACGCGCCUGAGCGCGUCCCUUUUCCAGGUCUUCACCACCACCUUAAGCUCAAGAGCCCCCAAAGACAGGGUCACCCUGUGCAUUGAGACGAGCCAGGAAGUGAAAGUUUACCACUCUCUUCUCCACAGAAGAAACUCUGAGGAAAGAGGUGUAUAAAUCAGUUACUCUGAAAGUUGCCCAGAGAGUCAGAGUCAGCCGCUAGCAGCUGAUGCUGACACUGUCGCCAUCUGGUAUUUGAGCACACAGGGUCCGCAAUCACCUGACAGUGUAGAGAAGCCCUCCCCUCUUUAUGCAGCUGAUUGGGGCUUUGGGCCGAGGAGAACGUCAUUGAGUCUUGACAGUGACGCUUGCCUCCCGCGGCCUGACAGGCAGGUCAGCUCGAGCCCACAGAAGCCAGCAACACCUGAAGCUGAAAAACUGAGGCAGAAAUGUGACAGUGACCUUCAAACUAAAUAUCUAAACUAGGAUAUACUCCCAAGUCAGUCUAGACACAAUUUCGAUUAGCAUAUUUAUAAACUACCUAAUAAAUAAUGGUAAAAGUUAGGAAUUGGAUUUGUGCAAAUGAAGAAAUCUACUAUAUUGGCUUCCAAAUUUUAAGAUUUAUGCCCAAGAAAAAUUUGACCCAAACCUUUUUUUUUUCAUUAGAGGGCAACUGAAAGGUGAUUGCAGUGCUUGGUUAGUCUGUCUUUCUUUUUCUUUUUCCAGCAUUCUACUUGCAUUAAUGAGAACAGGAACAUAAACUAUGACCUAGGGGUUCCUGUUGGAUAGUUAGCAAUUUAGAAUGGAGGAAGAACAACAAAGACAUGCUUUCCAUUUUUUCUUAAUUCUCAAAACAAUGUUACCUUUGUCUUUUCAAUCUUACAGUUUUAACUGAUUAUACCUUUAAAGGAAGAAGUGAAUUCUUGCUACUUAACAUAUGAGUACCUUGCUACUGACUACAUUUUAAAUAUCCAUUUAUACUUUUUUAUAUCUAAGACUCAAAUCUUAAAUUUUAUUAUCACCUAUGAAAGAAGGCUUUAUCUAUUGUUUUCUUUACCUUGCAUUGUAUCAAACUCUUUAAGAUUUGAGAAUGCCUUUCUUGAAAGAUAUAGGGGGAAAGAGAAAAGAAUGUUGUCUAUCUCUUGAUUGCUUAGCAAGUAUUUCCAUAGUCAAUGAUGGUUCACUAGGUAAACUAAGUCCUAUGAACCUGAACUCCGUUAUGGUUAAUACUAUUAAGUAAGAAUGCAGUAUAUAGUUGGCCAAAGUGUGGAUUUAUUUCAAUAAACUCAAUUUAAAAUGUC